AUGGAAGAAUUUCGUGUCCCAUAUGAUGCAGCCAAUGGAGGUCUUUUUCACUGGAUCUCUUUCAAUGGCUGCAUAGCCCAAAUUUUCUUCAAUCACCUCUUCACUGGUGGUGAGAUGGUGCUACUCAUUUCCAUGGCCUAUGAUAGAUAUGUGGCCAACUGUAAACCUCUACGCUAUGUGACCAUCAUGAACCAGCAGGUCUGUACUACAUUAGUAUUAGCCUUCUGGGCUACUGGUUUUGUACACACCAUGAGCCAGUUGUCAUUUACUGUGAAUUUGCCUUUUUGUGGCCCCAAUGUGGUGGAUAGCUUUUUCUGUGACCUUCCCAGAGUGACCAAACUUGCCUGCAUUGACUCCUAUACCAUAGAAAUACUAAUUGUGGUCAAUCGUGGGAUUCUUUCCUUAAGCACUUUCUACCUUUUGUCCAUUUCAUAUAUACUCAUUCUGCUCCCUGUCUGGUAUAAGUCUUCUGCUGCAAUGGUUAAGGCAUUUUCCACACUGAGUGCUCACAUCAUGGUCCUGACAUUGUUCUUUGGUCCCAGCAUCUUCAUCUAUGUGUGGCCUUUCACCACCUACCCAGUGGAUAAAGUCCUUGCUAUAUUUUACACUAUUUUCACCCCUAUCUUGAACCCCAUUAUUUUCACCUUAAGAAAUAAAAACAUGAAAGCUACCAUGAGGAAACUUGCGACUCGAAAACUGAAGUCCAAGAAGAUUUCUGAGAUAACCCUCAUUACCAGAACCUCUCUUUAUUGA